GCAGCAAUGGGCCGUGGUGUUCUUUUGACUUCCAAUCUUCCUCAAUUGCAAAAUCUCAUAAAACGCGAUCCAGCAUCGUACAAAGAAGAAUUUCUUCAGCAAUGGAAUCAUUAUAACAGCAUACGCCAGAUAUUUCGAUUUAAUCCAGACGAACAAGCUCAGCACUUUAGAGAAUUGGUGUCGUUUAUAUCCCAGGUAGCACAGUGUUACCCAAAGGAAACUGCAGAAUUUCCUUCUCAUCUCUCUACCCUUCUGCUCGAAAGCUAUGGCUCUUUAUCUCCAGACACUCGCAAAACAUUGGUGCAGAACCUGGUCAUGUUGCGGAAUAAGAACGUAAUCACUUCCAUAGAACUUCUCAAGUCACUUUUCCCUCUAUUAUCCAAAACGACUUCUUCAAGUCUCCGCUCCUACAUUCGUAAAACCAUCCUUUCUGACAUAAGGACUGCAAACCUUCGCUCUAAGAAUCACAAACUAAAUCGUGCGGUGCAGGCUUUACUCUUCGGGAUGGUGGAGCAGGGCUUGGACGGUGAAACCAUUGGUAAUAAAGCCAAACAACAUACCAACGUGACCCCUUCCGCUGAUCGAACCACAAAUACUGGGGAGAGUGCAAUGUGGGCUGUAAUUCUAACAAAAGAACUGUGGAGAAAGGGUAUCUGGUCUGAUGCAAAAUCUGUGGCCAUAGUUGCUCUUGGGUGCUUGCAUCCUGUGGUCAAGGUCCAAAAUGCAUCUAUCCACUUUUUCCUUGGCAGUGACGACGAAAAAGAAGAUAGCGAUGACGAAAAGGAAGAGCUCCCCGACGUCGGAGCCCUGCGUCAUCGGCGCGAGAUUAACAAGAAGACGCGAAGUGGGGAUAAAAAGUUGCAGAAGCAGCUUAAAUCAGUUUCAAAGAAAAGAAUCAGCUUAAAGGAGCCCUCGCAACCAAACUUCCCUGCUCUUCAACUCCUUCACGAUCCCCAGACGUUUUCGGAAAAGCUUUACGACAACAUGAAUAUAUGCGAUAAGAAAUUGUCUUUGGAUCACAAGAUUCUUAUCAUGCAACUCUUGUCUCGCGUCAUGGGCGCACACAAGUCUUGUGUUCUCGGUUUCUAUACUUAUGUUAUGAAGUAUCUUGCCUACCACCAAUUACGAGUGCCUGCUAUUCUAGCGGCACUGGCUCAAUCGGUACACGAAUUGACCCCACCUGAUGUGCUUGUCCCUGUCAUUAGGAAAUUGGCCCAUGAAUUUGUCCAUCCUGGUGUAGGAAGCGAAGUCAUCGCGGCAGGUAUAAACGCUAUACGAGAAGUGUGUCGGAGACAACCGUGGGCUAUGGAGGAUGAUCUGUUGGGGGAUCUCGUGGAGUAUAGAAAAAGUAAAGACAAACCAGUCACUGCUGCUGCCCGUGGAUUGCUGCAGUUAUACCGCGAGGUCAACCCUAGUAUGCUCAAGCGGAGAGAAAGAGGAAAAGAAGCAAGUAUUGGUAUGGCCGCAGGCAGUCAAGCUUUACCCUUUGGUCACAGUGCUACGCCUGCGAUGGACGUCGAGGGUCUUACGCUCCUGGAAGAUCAUUUGAACGCACUUCGUGAUGAAGGAGAAGAAUCAGAUGAAGAAGCCGGCUGGGAUAAUUGGAACGUCGACUCAGAUUCGGAAUCCGAGUCGGAAUCAGAAGGAUGGAUGGAUGUUCAAUCGGAUGGAGACUUGGAUAUUAGUGAUAGCGAGGAUGAGAAGGACCCAGAAUCAAAAAAUAAAAUGGACACAACGGGAGGGGAAGAUGCCGUGGAUGUAAACCGUCAAUCAACGCUAGUGACCACAAAGAUCCUUACUCCUGCUGACUUUGCACUACUAAACGAGCUGCGACUACAAGCUGCGACUAAAGCGGUUGAAGCUGGUGGAGGCCCCAAGGCAAAACGCAAACUUGCUGAACUGGAAGCCAAUGCGAAGCACGCUCAGUCAGGAGCAGCUCAGGACGCUGUUAUCUCUGAGGACCUUAUUCUUGGACCGCGGAAGAAAGCUAAAGCCGAUUACGCUGAGCGGAUAGCCUCCAUCGAGAAGGGUCGAGAGGGCCGAGAGAAAUAUGGAUCACUGAAGGGCAAAAAGAAUAAAGAAGCGCCGAGUAGUUCCACCAACAGAGAGAAAGCUAGGAACAAGCCCAUUAUGAUGAUCAUGCGCAGUGGAGCUGUUCGAGGCAAGAAAAAGGCAUCAUUGAGAGAGAAACAGCAGAAGUUGAGGGCACAUAUAAACCGGGCUAAAAAAUCAUAUCAUUGAUAUACAUGCUACGCAUGUUCAUUAUUCCAUUGUUUGUUUUUACUCAUCAUUCUUUUGACGAGAUCCAUACUCUAUAGUACGGAGGACUGCGGCGAGUUACUUAUUCCACCCACAUACCAAUGAUUUGACUGAACUAGAGGAUAAGGUUACGCAAUGAGCUGCAGACCGUCCAUUCUACUUCUAUACAAUAUUCAGAUAAGUAUACACGCUCCCUAUUCAUCUAUUGUGCCAGUAG